AUGGCGACUAGCUUACCAGAAUUUGCUUCUUUUAACGCCGAGAAUCGGGAAAAUAUCGAAAUUCGAUGGCAACGAUGGUUCAUGCAAUUCGAAAAUCUACUGAUUGCACUCGAUAUAAAAGACAAGAAAAGAAAACGAGCGUUAUUAUUAUACUAUAUCGGUGAAAGUACUCUAAAUAUCUUUGAAACACUGCCAGAGACAGAAGACGACUAUGACGAAGCGUGUCAAGCUUUAAAUGAACACUUUAAACCUCGCAAGAAUACAUCGUUUGAAAUAUUCAAGUUCAGGAAAACAAACCAACUUGUUGACGAAACUCUCGAUCAAUACCAUGUACGACUCGUCCAGAAAGCUAAGUACUGUGAAUUCUCAAACUUAGAUACUGAGAUAAAAGCUCAAAUUGAGCUAGGGACCAAUUCCCCAUACCACAACUCAAGUUGCACCGGCCACACUCAUGUUUGGUAGGAACACCCGCACAAGAUUACGCCAGACUGAUACUAAAACCGACAAGAAUGCCCUUGAUCAUUCCGUCGAACAACGCGAUAAAGAACAACGACAAUGCAUGAAAGAAUAUGCAGAUCGACGGAGACAAAGUAAGACGACAACCAUGAAUAUUGAUGAUUAUGUACUCGUAAGACAACAAAAGCACAACAAAUUUACCCCGAAUUUUGAUCCCAAACCGCUACGAAUAAUCACAGUAAAAGCAACGAUGAUUACUGCAGAAAGACCAGGAUUCACUAUUACUAGAAACCAAUCGUUUUUCAAACCUAUUAAAACAACUGGGCUGUCUUCUGAAGAUGAGGAGGAAAUGGAAGAUAGUGAUGAACAUGAAGAACAACGUGAUAUUGGAGACAAUGAAAAUAACAACAAUCACAACCGAGAUGAACAACAAAAUCUAGAACGACAAUAUCCAAGGAGAGAACGAAGAAGGCCGAACUAUUAUCAUUAA